AUGCGGGGUAUGAUCAUACCAUCCGGUAGGUCUCGAUCCAUCCAGCUCCAAAAGCCGAGGCUGCUGUUGACAGUAUCGCAAUGCAGCUUUUGGGAAGCCCUUUCAGGGAUCUGCUCGCGCACUUUGCAGCAUCCCGACUCGCAGGUGAAUCGUCUGUGUAUUACGCCCGAUAAACGUUACCUCGCCGCCGCCGGACACACCAAUGUCAAGCUCUACGAUAUCAAGUCCAGCAACCCCAACCCGGUCAUGACCUUCGAUGGCCACACAAACAAUGUCACCGGAGUCGCCUUCCACUGUGAAGGCAAGUGGAUGGUUACCAGCUCUGAAGACGGAACCGUCAAGGUCUGGGACACUCGCACAGGCAGUCUGCAACGCAACUAUGUCCACAAGGCGCCCGUUAACGAUGUUGUCAUCCACCCAAACCAGGGAGAGCUCAUCAGCGGGGAUCGUGCCGGUACGGUGCGAGUCUGGGACUUGGGAGAGAGCGUGUGUACACACCAAUUGAUUCCAGAGGAUGACGUCGCGGUGCAUAGUGUGAGUGUCGCCAGUGACGGUUCUCUUCUCUGUGCGGGCAACAAAAAGGGGAACGUGUAUAUUUGGCGUAUGAUCCAAGAAACCGAGGUCACUCGAAUUGUGCCCAUUGCGACAUUCCAGGCGCACAAAGACUAUCUCACUCGUGUCCUUCUUUCGCCCGAUGUAAAGCACCUUGCCACCUGCUCCGCGGACCAUACCGCCAAGAUCUGGAAUUUGGAUCCCGACUAUCCUCCAGCCAAGGCUGCCGCUGAGGCUGCCAAAGCGAAAGCCAAGUCUAAUGCAAACGGCACAGCCAAUGCCAACGGGGCCACCAACGGAACAGCUACACCUACAUCGUCCGACUCCCAGACUACGACUGACGCCAACACGGCUGAUACCUCUCAGGGCAGCUCCGGUGAUCAUAACGCGAAUGACUUCAAUUCAGCCGGCUCCCAGAGCGGCACCCCAGCGGCCGGGGACCAGCCUCAACAAACAUUCCCUGUGCAACCAGACGGUCCGCCAAUGGACCCGACGACCGGCACCCUCUAUCUGGAAACCACGUUGGCGAACCACCAGCGCUGGGUGUGGGAUUGCGCCUUUUCAGCGGACUCGGCAUACCUCGUCACCGUGUCGAGCGACCACUACGCUCGUCUGUGGGAGUUGGCUUCGGGGCAGAUCAUCCGUCAGUACAGCGGACAUCACCGUGGAGCGGUUUGCGUUGCUUUGAACGACUAUUCCGAGCCUCGCUGA